GUCCGCGGCCACCUGUUUCGGCCGGCCCCUCCCGGCCUCCCUCCGCUAUAUUAGCCCCGCCAUCCCCAGCUCGUCUCCCCACCUCAACACAGCAUCACACAAUCUCACUCACAGCAUCACAGCGAUCACCUCUAGCUAAUCGAGCCCCGAGAAGAAAGGACAAGGAGAUGGCGGGUGCGGCGAAGGCGUCGUGGAUGGUGGCGAUGAGCGUGGGCGCCGUGGAGGCGCUCAAGGACCAGGCGGGCCUCUGCCGCUGGAACUACGCGCUGCGAUCCAUCCACCGGGCCGCCAAGGCCAACGCCCCCAGCUUCGCGCAGGCCAAGAAGCUGGCGGCGGCGGAGAGGAGGCGGGCGGACAAGGCCGAGGAGGGCAUGCGGACCGUCAUGUACCUCAGCUGCUGGGGACCUAAUUAGUCAUGGGUCUCUUUUCUUCUCUUUUUCCUGAUCUUCAAUGACCGAGCUUGGCUUGAGAUCAUUGCCGGUUGCUUCCCUUCCCUGAUUGUAAAUAUCUGAUGAUGAACUGAUGAAGUGAUGAUGAUGAAAAGUUCUGCCACUUAA